AUGUUUUUGAAGUCUGUUGAUGGCUCUGAUUUUUUAAAGACAAGUGAAAAGAUUUUUGAGUUGCUUGAUGCCAUUGUGGAGGAAGUUGGAGAAGAGAGUGUUGUUCAAGUUGUAACCGAUAAUGGGAGCAACUAUGUUUUAGAGGGUAAGUUGUUAGAGGAGAAAAGGAAACAUAUUUAUUGGACUCCUUGUGCAACUUAUUGUAUUGAUUUGAUGCUUGAAGAUAUUGGGAAGCUUCCCUUGAUAAGGAAGACAAUUAGAAGGGAAAUUAAUCUAGUUGGGUUUAUCUAUACCCAUUCUAGUAUCUUAAGUUUGUUGAGAAAUUUUAUAAACAAGAGGGAAUUGGUGAGACAUGCUAUAACUAGAUUUGCCACUUCUUAUCUAACCUUAGAAAGGCUCCAUAAAGAGAAAACUAAUAUUAGAAAGAUGUUUACUUCUGAUGAAUGGACCUUGAACAAGCUAUCUAAGGAGCCUAAGGGAAAAGAAGCUGCAAAGGUAGUGCUCAUGCCUUUUUUUUGGAAUAGUGUGGUUUACACUCUUAAAGUCAUGGCUCCACUUGUGAAAGUGCUUCGUCUUGUGGAUGGUGAAAAGAAACCAGCCAUGGGCUAUAUUUAUGAAGCAAUGGACAAGGCAAAAGAAACAAUUAUCAAGUCUUUCAACAACAAUGAAAGCAAGUAUAAAGAUGUGUUUGCAAUCAUUGAUAAAAGAUGGAAUUUUCUGCUUCAUAGGCCAUUGCAUGCAGCUGCCCACUUCUUAAAUCCAAAGUUCUUUUAUGACAACACUGACUUGGAGUUUGAUUUUGAGGUCACCAAUGGUUUGUUUGAGUGCAUUAAGAAGUUAAUUCCACAAUUUGAUGUGCAACAGAAAAUUCUAACCGAGUUGCAUCUUUACAAGAUUGGUGCUGAACACUUUGGUUUUGACUUUGCAAUGGCUCAAAGGAAAACCCAUUCUCCUACAUAUUGGUGGCGAAUGUUUGGGUCACAAACUCCAAAUUUGCAGAAGCUAGCUAUUAAAAUUUUGAGUUUGACUUCCAGUGUUUCAGGAUGUGAAAGAAAUUGGAGUGUGUUUGAGCAAGCAAUGGUUGUUGGAUCUUCAUCAAGGAAGCAAAAAGCAGUCCAAGAAAAUGAUGAGGAUCUAGAUUUUGAGGAGAAUAUUGAUCUUGAAUCUGAAGAAGAAGAAAUCAUGGUCAAUUUUGAGGCAUCUGAUGGGGAAGAGGGAGAGGGAGAUGCUCCAUUACCAUAUGAUAAUAACGAAGAUGAUUAUGUUGGGAUUGGAGAAGAUGAUUAG